AUGAUGUCAAUAUUAACUAUUGCAUUGUGUAUCACAUUGAUCACUUCUACAACAUUUGAUCUUUACUAAACUUGUAAUUGCUCAUAACUAAUUUUUCAAUAUGAUUGCUUUAGUGCUAGUUUAUAAUGUAAUUGGGAUUAUGAUAAAAAUGAAUGCUAUGAUAAACCUUGCUCAGAUAUUUAUUAUUAAUCUGCUUGCUUAAAAUAAUCGAAAAACUGUUAUUGGUCAUAGAAUAGUUGCUUAAACUUUACUUCUUGUUCUCAUAUGCUAGACUCAAUGAAUAAUAAUUGCAAAGAGAAAAACUAUUAUUGUCCUUAGUAUUAUAAAACAUAGUGUUUAUCUUUAGAUUAUAUUUAAACUUGUUAAUCUAUCACUGACCCUGAUAUUUGCAAUUAUUACUAGUCAUUAUAAGGAAUUUGUUUCUGGAAUGGUUAGAGUUGCAUUUUAGCAUAAUCUUGUGCCUAAUUUUACAAUAAUCUCACUAGAAGUUGUCCUUAAGAAUAUUGCUAUGUUACAUGGGACGAAUCGUCUCAUUACGGACAGUGUUCUCCAUAUAUAUGCAGUAAUUAAACAACCUAAUCAUAAUGUGCUUAAGGAAUAUAAACAUUUGGACCUUAUUUACAAAAUAUUUUUGGAUGUUAUUGGAAUCCUUAACAAAAUAUUUGCCAAUAAUAACCAUAUUAAAUGAAUUAUACAAACUGUUAUCUUUAUAGUAGAGGGACCUACCAUUGGAAUAGUAAAAAUGAAGAAAAUGGUGAUUGUGUACCAUGCUCUUAAUUUUAAGAAUUGUUAAUAAUAUCUAUUUUUAUUACAAUUUUAAUUUGA